CUGGCGCGUCUAGCGAAGUGAUGUCAGUAGCUAAGGUGAGGUUCUGCCUUCCAGGGAUAUAGUCGACCUACGACAAGGUUGUUAAGGUAUUUAUCCUGCGGCAGGGGUAUUUAUCUUUCAUGACUUAGCGGAGUGGGCAAAUCUGCGCACUGAUUACACUUCGUGCCCUGGAUAUUUCCUUGUCAAUUUCCGUUAAAGUUAGAAGGUAAAACUGUUUCUGACGGAUGGCGGCUCACAGAAGAAGAAGGAUGUUUACAUAGUUUUCACGUUAAGUUCCAUUAUUAUAAGAAAAACUAAAAAGACAUGACCGUGUCAAGUAAAAUACGACGUUGUUUCUGAAAAGCAGCGGGAAAGGAUUAUUUACAGUUCAGAAGGAAGAGAUUUUCUUGUCAUAUUUUGCAUAGGAUAACAGAAGAAAAAAGUUAUAACGGAUCAAAUGUCAGCGAAUUUUUAAAAGCUUUGCCGUUCCUGAAAGAGGCACUGAGAAUGUGUUUGAUAGAUGCGUUAGUUCGACAUAAUUGUAUGACUGUAACGUUUGCAUUUCACCAGUACGAUGGGUGAUAAUUCGGAAUAUUAAGUGAUGUACGCUCGGGUGGAUUCUUCUUAGAUAAAACCAAAAUAAGUCCAGAAAGGGCAGUUUGACGGACUGGAUUAAGAGAACCGUUCUGAUUGGGUAGUUGAGAAGUCGAAGAUCAGGAGAUGCAAAAUGUAUUCGAAUUGGACAAUAAGAGCAGACUCUGAUGUCACGUCACGUCCGUGAUACAGCGGCCAUGUCUAAAUAUUCUUUUACACACCGGUGUAGUCAUGUCGGGAACAAAGGAUUGUUUCUGAAAAACAUGACGAUUAUUCUUCCUCAUGAAAAUAUGUACAAAAACCCACGAAGAUAAUUCUUGUUUAUCGUUGCGACGGUUCAGAUUAUGCCAGCCUUCUUCGAAGCGUGUCAAAGGUCGCCAGACACACUCACUUCUUUGUUCAAUGAACAGUUGACCUCAUUGAUGAACGAUAUAAUAUCUACAACAUUUCAAACAGUUUAAUGAUGUUAUUCAUAGCCAGCAUCAUCUGUUGUCAUCAAAGUUCCACAAUUUCCUUUCCAAACGUUUUAGCUUUAAACUUAAGGAAAGAAAUACACUGACGCUUUCGCCUUCCUUUGGAAACUGUUUUGGCGCAAUAUCCGGGAAUUCUCGAAAUCGGUUGAGUCAGCAAUUUUGCAAUCGUGGCGUCUAGAAAGAAUAUAUCGCUAUACCAGGCGCGAAUUCUACAUGAUUUGAUUUACGGGAAGUUUCCGAAGAUCAAGAGAUCGGAAAUGGACGGACUAGCACAUGACGGGGAUGGUAGGCAGGGCCUUCCGGGUAACGGAACAGCCGCCUUAUGGAAUACAACAAAUGUGACAUUAUUGCAGUCGUUGCAGUUCGUCGAGAAUGACGGGACAGGACAAAUGAAUGCUGGCAUGGACCCUGCAGACAUGCACGCGAUAUUUCUAAUGAUAACAGUUUUAGGGUGUGUUGUUGGAAUCCUGGCAGUUGCGGGACUAUUUUUAAAUGUGCUAAGUAUGAUAGUAUUUUCUCGCGUUUCAGAGAAAAGUGCCUCUAUUUUUUUAAUGCAGGUCCUUGCAGCGGCUGAUAGUGCCUUUUUGAUCAGUAAUUUUUUAAUCCACACUGUGUUAGCCGUCUUUCUUCUCAGCGGGAGAUAUAUAGAAUACGAAGUACACGUGCUGCCAUCUAUUCCAUACAUUGCGAGUUUUGAAGAAGUCUCGCGAGAUUUUGCGGUCUGGAUGGUGGUACUCGUGACAUUUGAACGUUAUCUCGCGAUAUACUACCCGCUGAAAGCGAAUGUGUUGUGCCGCACGUCCGCUACUGCCAAAACCGUCAUUGUGAUGUUUGCCGUCGUUGCGCUUUUCAACAUUCCGUCUUUUCUUAUGUUCCAAAGCUCCCCAGGUAAUGCACCCGUUAUUGCAGGAUUUGCCAGGUCUGUCGUCUACAACACAACAUAUUACGUCAUAGACGCUCUGUUCAAUUUGGUAGCGCCAAUUUCCCUUGUUCUUUGUUUCAACUUUCGAAUAAUAGCUAUCGUGCGCCUGACACGCAGACGACGCUUCAGCUGUGAUUCGUUGGACUCGAGUAGCUCAUCCAAUCACAACGCGUUGGAGGACUCACGUGCCUCGUCAGUGACCAUGACCCUAUUCACUAUCUCCUCGCUCUUCAUCGUCUGCGAACUGCCGCAUCUUGGCUAUUUGCUGAUGGAAGUCGUGACGAAUUUCUUGAAUGUAGAUCACCCAGCUUGGUGGAAGGUGUUAGCGAUGACCUUAUCGCACAUUUUCCAAAAUAUAAACUCUUUCAUAAACUUUUUCAUAUAUAUCAUGAUGGCGCGAAAAUUCCGAUCCACUAUCCGGGUAAUGUUUUGGAACUGUCCGAAAAGGUUCCGGAGAAGACGCGACAGGGGGAAAUACCCAGUGUGCACCUCGUUUGUUUGAAUAUUGCGUCGGAUUCUGUAUAAGCAUACAUGACUUGAGGACUGAGAAUAAAAGCCAUGCCAUUUUAGCAGAAGUUUCCGAGCGACAAAAAUAAUUCUAUUGCCACUCCCAGAAAGAGAAGCAAGGGCUGUUUCUUAGUUAUCGAAUCGAUCAAUGUUUCCGUAACGGAACUCGAAAUAACAUUACAGUAGCUGUAGGAUAUCCGUAAUUGGGGUUACUGAUAAAAGCGGAAUGAUAUCGUCGAAACGAAAUAAAACCCGCGAAAUGCAGCCCCUUGAAAUGAAGAAGACGCGAGUACAUGUACAUAUCGGUGAACAGUCCACCAUUCAUCAUCUACAUGUAGGUAGAAAAGUUGGAAUUAUACAUGGUGCCCCUUCGCCCAGCGGAACCAAUGUCAACUUUAAUACAUACCGACAUCAGACUUGAGUGACGUUAUUUGAAAAGAUCAAAAGGUUCAUUUCGAUAAAUCCAUGUCAUCUUUAGAUUUUUUGCGUUUCGUUUCAUUCUGGAACUCUUCGGUAACCCGUAAUUCGGACGAAAAUGAUGGAAUAUCGACUCCUGCUGAUCAUCACUCUUUACAUUCCGCAUAUAUAGUUUUUUAUAUUUUCUUACUUUUCCCAACUUGACUGAUUUCUAUCAUAUUCGCAUGCGGUAGUAUACAUGGAUAGGUGCUUGAACAGAACAUGUGUUGUUCUUUGUCGACGAUAUAUUACAAAUUUGAUAUACGGGGGCAUUUUCUCAUUCUAUGCGUUUUGAGCGUGCCACGGUGCUUCACGCUUGUUGUUAGUUGUCGGCAGUGUAAGGCAUGUUAGGCGACAAUACACCAAGUUGCAAUUUUGUCGAUGACGUGUGUGCGAGAGGUGGUGAUCGGUUGCCCUUGCUGAUUCAGGUCCAUCGACCACAUAGAAAGCUGUUUCGAGUGGGUAAACGUUACAUGUAUCAAGCUUUGCCCGAUAACCCUUUUAUAAGACUGUAGAACAAAGGGAUUCUGGAACGUAUAUAUAGCUGAGGGCAGGGCCCGGUUGUUCAAACCCUGGUUAGUUUAGCGUCUGCUAAGUUUUAGUGACCGCUACUAAACUUAGCGGAACCCUUUGGGUGACGCUAAAACUUGGCAGUACCCCAUGACAAAACCCUUGAGGUGCCGCUAACUAAGCGGUGACAUAGCGGCAGCUAAGCCUAACGAAACUUACUUGGCGGCACGCUAAGAUAACGGUGGGUAAGCAGCCGCCAAGCCACCUUCAGCAGAUAGCGGAGCUUUGAACAACCGGGCCCAAGUUUCCACUAGCUGCACGCGAUUUGGGUAGUUGGAUAAUUAG